UUUUCUCUCAUCUUUCUUACUUGGAACAGCUGUUGCGACCAUUACUCAUACGUCAGCGUACAAUUUGCAUUGAAAAUUAUUUUUCGCGAAAAUAUUGUAUAUUUAAUUCUCCAAUAAAUAAAAAUUAAAUUAGUUGUAAAAAUGUCUGACGAUCUACCAGACAAGUUCGAUCUGAUCGUUAUUGGCACUGGAUUUCCGGAAAGUUGUGUGGCUGCGGCUGCAAGUCGUGUAGGAAAAACUGUGUUACAUAUCGAUCCUAAUGAAUAUUAUGGCGGUGUUUGGUCAUCUUUUAAUUUGGAAUCGUUUUGUACACUGCUGGAGCAAGGUAGUAACAGUGAACUACGCAAUGCUAGUCAGAAAUGGCACGUGGCUGAGACACUUAAACGAGAGGAAGUGGAAUUGGAUACUGUCAAUUCUGAGGUAGCAGACGAGACCGACACAAAGGCUGAUGCGACCAAACAAAAUACUCAAGAUUGGUCACGUGAAACAUUGCUAAAACAAUCGCGACGUUUCAAUUUAGAUUUAAGUCCAAAGAUUCUGUAUUCGGCUGGUCGUUUGGUGCAAUUGCUUGUUUCUUCGAAUAUUUGUCGCUACGCCGAGUUUCGUGCAGUGGACCGUGUAUGCACACGAUUUCAAAAUAAUAUAAUCAAUGUGCCUUGCUCACGCAGCGAUGUGUUCAACACUAAGGACUUGAAUAUUGUGGAAAAACGUUUGCUCAUGAAAUUCUUAACACUCUGCAUGACCUAUGGUGAAGAUAAAACCGAUGAAGAUUCCUUAAUAUUUCGUGGCAAAACAUUCCGAGAAUAUUUGCAAGAGCAGAAGGUUACUGAAAAAAUAAGUACUUGUGUAAUGCAAGCUAUUGCAAUGUGCACCGAUGAAACUGCCUUCGAGGAGGGCAUGGCCCGCACGCAACAGUUUCUCAAUAGCCUCGGCCGUUACGGUAAUACGCCGUUUCUAUUUCCCAUGUAUGGUUGUGGUGAAAUACCACAAUGUUUUUGCCGACUCUGUGCUGUGUUUGGUGGCAUUUACUGUUUAAAGCGGCAAAUCGACGAUAUAACCUUGGAAGCGGAUACUAAUAUUGCGAGUGUUGUACUGGAAGGUAAAACCAUAAAAGCACAAUAUGUAGUUAGUGCGCCAGGGCAUUUACCGAAUGCGUUCCUACAACGAAAUGUGGGUGUGUACGGACAAGGCGAUUUAGUGAAUUCACUUUCUAGAGGCAUUUUCUUGACUUCUACGCCACUGGGCUCAGAAGAGUUGAAUGCCGGUGGUGGAGGCGUAAAUCUACUUAGGCUUUUAUACGGCACGCAUGAAGCUAUACUCAUACAGCUAUCACAUUUCUCAGGCACCUGUCCCAAAGGAGUGUUUCUCUUUCACAUCACAACUACUGCGCAAAGCGAUCAACCUGAGCAAGAUCUGGCGCCUUUUGUUGCACAAGUAUUCAACCCAGAAACCGAAAAUGCACCAAAGCUAUUGUACUCGGCUUACUUCACAAUUAUGGGACGAAGAAGUGGUGCGACUACACCGAACGUAGAUGCCGCAACGCCGAUAUUUUGCACCAGCGCGCCCCAUUAUGAAUUGGACUAUGAUAAAUCAAUAAUAAAUGCGCGUGAGAUCUUCGCUAAAUUGUACGAAGAUGCGGAAUUCCUACCACGCGCACCCGAUCCAGAAGAAAUUGUGAUUGAGGGCGAAGAUCCGCGUGCGCUGAGUGAAAACAGUUUGCCCGAUGAUUUGCGUGAACAAUUACGUGAGUUGGAAAACUCAGCGGAGAAUAUGGACAUUGAAGACGCAGAAGAUGCAACGCUACCUGGUGAACGAGCUCUAGAAGACACGGAAACACAAGAAAUGGAUGCGGAUUAAAAGACACGCGCAAAAAGAGAGAGUGCAAAGGAAUGCCUCAACGAUAACAUACAAUUUUAAAGUAUAAUAUAAAAUAUAGCGCGUUCACGAUAACAUAUAUGUAGUUAUUUAAACGUUAAUUUAAGUAAUGCUUAUGGCAAACGCAUUCAUGAAGAAAUGUAUACUUAUUUGCUUUGUAUAAUUUUUUUACGAAAUGUUCAGACACGCACAUAAAAUUAAAAUUAUGCACCACAACGAA